CAUGAUUUCCUUCCGUCUAGAAAAGAUAACAUCUGGUACAUCGAGGAAACGUCCAUAGUUCGAGAAAAACGAGAAAGCAUCACUGGUCACCAGGGACAUCAAACAGUAACAGUACACUGUUGUGUACAUUUUGUACACAUAAAAGUGUGUGCAUUGUUAGUUGCCAGAAAUUCCAGGUUUCAUGAACACUGGUUGUCAUUCAACAACAAGGAAGUUAACUUAGUCUUGUCUACAAUUUCAAUUGUGGGAAAGGAUUUUGUGCCUCGCAUGCAUUCAGCAAUUGACAUUCACAUUGCUCGCCAGUAAUAUGAAUUCAGAACUGAGGUGAAUGAAAGUCCCAUACUUGACAAUAUCUCAUAUCUGUUUACAAGAGUGACAUUUCUUUGCAUCCUACAGACAUAUUUGCAACAUGGGAUUCUUUGAUAAAUUACAAAAAUGGCUUGGACUUUCUAAAAAGGAAGCAAACAUACUGGUCAUUGGAUUGGACAAUAGCGGAAAAACGACAAUCAUCAAUCGUUUAAAACCGCGACAAGAACAGCGAGAUGUUGUCCCAACUGUUGGCUUCAGCGUGGAAAAAUUUCAGACCAGUACACUUGCUUUCACAGCAUUUGACAUGUCAGGGCAAGGACGAUAUCGCAAUCUGUGGGAGCAUUACUACAAGGAAUGUCAUGGAAUUAUCUUCGUGAUCGCCAGCAACGAUAAGAUGCGAAUGGUUGUGGCCAAGGAUGAAUUGGAGAGCUUACUAGCAAGUCCUGAUAUAAAGAAACGUCGCAUUCCUAUCCUGUUCUUUGCUAAUAAGAUGGAUUUACGGGAAUCAUUGUCAAGUGUAAAGUGUUCUAAUAUUAUGGGACUGGAAAACAUCAGUGAUAAGCCAUGGCAUAUCUGUGCCAGUAAUGCUUUGACUGGAGAAGGACUAGACUCUGGGUUUGAUUGGUUAACAGAUCAACUCAAAGCAGUUUUAAACCAACCAAAAUAAUGUCUGAUGAAUUGAGUUACAUGCUAUGAUGACAAAAGGAUACCAGCCAUAACUUGGGCAUGGGUCAUUCAUGAAUUAAUUUUCACCAGUAUCUAUCGGGAGUGAUUGAGGUUUCGUUAAUCGUAUGGUUUUGCUACAAGUACAUUUUGAUUCAAAUUUACAAGAGACUAAACACUGUGAUACAUGUAGGACUAUUAACACAAGUGUGGUGAAAACUGGUUCAUUUAUUUAUGAAUGGCCUGCUCUAUCUGAUUGAGCAAAUUUUGGAUUCACUUUUGAUAACAUGUACUGGUAGUGGUAAUUAGGACCAAGCUUUCAAGAUUGUUCCCAGAACUUUAAUUUCUUUGUGACACUGCUGAAACGUUACAUGGGGUCAUGGGCACAUGUGCAUUGAAUCACUCUGUAGUCUAUAUUUACCCCAGUAAGUUUGAGUUUCAAGUGUAACAUGCACCACAUCAUUGAAACUGAUCAUUACAAGUACGGUACUGUGACGUGUUCGAUGUACAUGUACAUGUAAAAAUCCAGUCUACUCUAUGUAUUAGUAUUGUAUUCUUUGUACCCGGUUCUACGUGUAGUGCUCUAUUGUCGAACUGUUCCAUCCUGAACAUAUUUCAAUAAAUGUUGAUAUUUGA